AUGAUAAAGGAUAGCCCAAAGGAUGUAUCUACUCCAUUCGCUGCUGUGUCUGAUCUCUAUUCUUCAUCACUCCAUGCAACAGGUAGGAGCCAUGAACACAGCGCAGAAAAGCAAAUUGAAACUGUCUUCACAAAACCCCCUGAAUAUGAUGAUAUCUCACUACCUCUAUUAUCCCCCCAAAAUGAAGAGGUGCAGAAUAUAAUCCUUGAUCUUCACAAUAAGGCAAGGUCAUCAGUGAUACCAUCUGCAAGCAAUAUGCUGAAAAUGGUGUGGAGUUCUCAAGCUGCUGCAUCAGCUCAGGGUAUAGCGGAUACAUGUAAGAUGGAAAGUUCAUCAGAUGAAAGACAAGUUGAAGGUAAACCAUGUGGUGAAAACAUAUUUCAAUCACCUAAGGCUGUCUCCUGGGAAUCUGUCUUCCUUGACUGGAAUAGUCAGAAACUUAAUUUCCUUUAUGGUAUUGGAGCCAAUUCACCAGAUGCCCCAAUUCAUUCUUACACCCAGAACUACCCCAGCCUUUCAGAGUCCUUGAUAUUUCUGGAUUCAGCAGAAGAUCAAAUCAUAAGACCUGGAAAAGAAGGAAAUAAACCAGAAUUAAUAUUUGUACCCUAUGAUGAAGGCGCUGAAUGUGGCCAUUGCCCCAAGGAUUGCGACCAGAAUUUGUGUUCUAACCCUUGCAGAUAUUACAAUAAAGGUGACAACUGUGAAACUUUGCAAGAUCAAUGUAACAAUGAAGAAGUGAAAAACUCUUGUGAGGCUACAUGCCAGUGUAAUGACAAUGAAAUAAUAUAA